AUGGCCUCAUCGGAAAAGCCAUACGAGGGCCGUUCACUAGACGAGUUGCCCAAAUCAUGGAACUUCACUGCCUCACUGCCCGCGGAUCAAGCCUUUCCAACUCCGGCAGACUCUCAUAAGACUCCCCGAGACCAAAUCACACCCCGGCAAGUCCGCGAUGCCCUCUUUACUUGGGUGCGGCCAAGCCAACAGGAAGAUCCCGAACUGUUGGCUGUGAGCCCUGUCGCAUUGCGGGAUAUUGGAAUCAAAGAGGGCGAAGAGAAAACCGAAGAUUUCCGGCAGCUGGUAGCUGGUAACAAGCUAUACGGCUGGGAUGAGACAAAGCUGGAAGGCGGAUAUCCUUGGGCGCAAUGUUACGGCGGCUUCCAGUUUGGCCAGUGGGCGGGACAGCUCGGAGAUGGAAGAGCCAUUUCGCUGUUUGAGACAACUAACCCAGUCUCUAAUGUGCGAUAUGAGCUACAGCUCAAAGGAGCUGGCCUGACCCCAUAUUCUCGAUUUGCAGAUGGAAAGGCCGUGCUUAGAUCCAGUAUCCGAGAGUUUGUUGUUUCCGAAGCACUCAAUGCUUUAAGGAUACCCACAACUAGAGCGUUGUCUCUUACUUUGCUCCCUCAUUCUAAGGUUAUGAGAGAGACAACAGAACCUGGGGCCAUAGUGCUCCGAUUCGCCCAAUCGUGGCUGCGGAUUGGCACUUUUGAUAUACUACGGGCAAGAGGAGAUCGCGCUCUCACCAGAAAGCUUGCAACAUAUAUCGCGGAGGACGUCUUUGGCGGAUGGGAAACGCUUCCCGGACGACUAGAGUCGCCUGAAGUGCCUGCCAAAUCACCACCUCCCAAGCGUGGUAUACCGGCUUCUGAGGUUGAAGGGCCUAGCAAUGCGGCCGAGAAUAGAUUUCAACGACUGUAUCGAGAGAUUGUGAGGCGAAAUGCCGUGACUGUAGCCCACUGGCAGGCUUAUGGGUUUAUGAACGGUGUUUUGAACACUGAUAACACGUCAAUAUAUGGCCUGUCGAUGGACUAUGGGCCUUUUGCGUUUAUGGACAACUUUGAUCCAUCAUAUACUCCAAACCACGACGAUCACAUGUUGCGUUACAACUAUAGGAAUCAACCUACCAUUAUAUGGUGGAAUCUUGUGAGGCUCGGCGUGGAUCUUGGAGAGCUUAUCGGCAUAGGGUCUCAAGUUGAUGACGAGACUUUUGUCAACAAAGGCAUCAAAGAAGAGCAGGAAAAAGAAUUGGUUGAGCGAGCAGAAAGACUAAUCGCGCAAACCGGAGAGGAAUACAAAGCUGUCUUCCUGGAUGAAUACAAGCGACUAAUGACAGCGAGAGUUGGCCUGCGCCACUUCAAAGAGACAGAUUUCAAUGAGCUCUUUAGUGAAGCGCUUGAUACUAUGGAAGCUUUAGAGUUGGAUUUCAACCACUUCUUCCGCCGCUUGAGUACUAUUAAGCUGGCGGAUAUUGCAGACUCAGCCGGUAGAAAAGAAAAGGCGGCCAUUUUCUUUCACAAAGAAGGACCGCCUCAGGCAGUGAGUGAAGACGAUGCAAAGGAGAGGAUCGCCAAAUGGCUAGACCAAUGGCGGGCACGUGUCUUGGAAGACUGGGGACAAGAAUCUUCCGAUGUCCUGUCUGAGGAUAGAGAUGCCGAAAGAAGACAGGCCAUGAAGCAAGCCAACCCCAACUUCGUCCCCAGAGGCUGGAUCUUGGAUGAAGUGAUACGGCGUGUCGAGAAAGAAGGCGAGAGGAAAGUCUUGGAUCGCAUCAUGCAUAUGGCUCUUCACCCCUUUGAAGACUCAUGGGAUGGAGUCGCAAUCGACGGUGUUGAGUACAAGGGCGACCAAGCAGAGGAACAGAGAUGGGUUGGCGAUGUGCCAAGAUUUGAGCGAGCGCUGCAGUGUAGCUGCAGUUCAUAGAUAGCAAGCCGAAUACAGUCCAAUUGCGCCCCCAUGAGGUUCAUCUUUC